AUGCACCCAGCGAAUAGGUACAACCUUCGAAGUGCCGGAGAUCCUUCAUCUUCGCCAACAACACCAGUUGCAGCACCAGUUAGACCUCCAAGACGACAUAACUCAUUUGUAACUUUACCAAUCAAUCCAUUCCAUACCUCAAGCCCCAGUACAUCUGGACAAGCAACACCGGCAGUUGAAGCCACAAUGUCAACCUCCAGCUACCUCAGCAACAUCAAGCUGGAUCCCUUUCAAGGAAAUGGUUAUGUAGAUGUUGAUACUUGGUUGGAGCAAUUUGAGAGAUUAGGUGCUAGAGAAGGCAUAACUGAGGAACAAAGGUAUUUAGAUUUACAAUACUGCUUGAAAGGUAACGCAGGUCUAUGGUACUCCUCUGUGGCUGCUAAUGACGCUUCAAUCAAAGAUUAUAAAACUCUAAAGGAAGCUCUAAGUAACAGAUUCACAACAGUGGAUAAAGAUGAUAUUCCAUCAAUUCAACAAGGUGAAAGCGAAAGUGUCGAGCAAUAUUAUUAUAACUUUAUCCGUGCUGUAAAACAUUGUAGCCUCACUGAAGGACAAAAAGUUAAACUAUUUGUUAAGGGGCUAUCAUCUGAAGCCCUGACAUAUGUAAAAUUACAAAACCCGACAACCUUAGAAGAAGCCAGGAAAAAGGCUGUGGAUUAUGAAGGUGCAACAAUGCACCAAACCGUAAAAGUAGCUGCUGUCACAACCUCAGCAGAUCAAUUAGAAACAUUAACAGAAAAAGUUGUGGAAAAAGUGGUGAAACAAUUGGAACAUUUAUAUAGGCCACAAAAUAGACAACCUCGUGAAAAUGGGUAUCGUAGUCAAGGGCCAGUGCGUCGAAACGAAAUUGGUGCUUCGGGGCACCAGCAAUCUACCUAUCGUAGGCACCAAGAUAACAGACAAUUCCAGAAGCAAGGUGGAACCAGACAGAACCCUAAUGAAAACCAGCAGCAGAAUACCUGUCCUUCAUGUAGAGGCAUUAAACUGUCAAGAACUGAUGCUGGGUUAGCUAGAGUAAUUAAUGGUACAAACAUUCCUGCCAAUUCACGGAAAGAUAUCAAGGUAAAGGUUUCCCGAAACAAGACCGAUGGCAUAUUCUUAAUUGAACCUACUGAUUCACUUUAUAAGAAAAGCCUUGCAGGUGCAAAAUGUCUAGUAAGAGUUAAGAAACGUAAAGCUGUCAUAAGUAUUAUGAAUGUAACAAAUGACCCUGUUUUUCUGCCUGUUGACACUGUUGUAGGUACCUUGACUGCUGUCGAAAAUGGUGAUAUAUUUCAAAUUGAUGAAACAUCCAAUGACCUUGAUACUAACCAAAACGUUUCUAACUUGAGCAAUGGUGAAAGUGCUAAAUCAUCUAAAUGUGCUAAUAUAAAUGUUGAGGAACAAAGUGACACUUUUAAGUUUGAUUUAUCAAGAUGUGAUUUGACCCAAGAACAAAAAUUUAAAAUGAAAGAAUUUUUAGAGAAAAAUAGAGAUCUUUUCUCUUCUUCAUUAAAAGACAUAGGGAAAACGUCAAUGUACAGUCAUUCAGUUGAUACUGAGCCUGGUAAAGGUCCUGUCCGAUUACCAUAUUAUAAAGUAAAUCCCCUACAGAGGAAAAUUAUUGAUGAAGAAGUGCAGAAAAUGUUGGAUAACAAAAUUAUAAGAGAGUCUAACUCAAUUUGGCAUAGUCCAGUGGUUCUUGUAAAGAAACGUGACGACACAUAUAGGUUUGCAGUAGACUAUAGGCAGCUGAAUCGUAUCACUCUUAGUAUUGCUCACCCUUUACCGACUUUAGAAACUGUAUUUGACUGUAUUGGCGACUCUCAAGCUAAAUUCUUCUCGACUUUAGACAUGGCCUCGGAGUUUUGGCAAGUUCCGAUGGACCCAAAAACACGUCAUAAAGCAGCUUUCUGUGUUCCUUCCGGUAUAUAUGAGUUUGAUAGGAUGCCUUUUGGUCUUAAAAAUGCGCCUAUGUCUUUUCAAAUGCUAAUGACUAAAGUUCUAGGGUCAAUGAACUGGAAGCAGGCAUUGUGUUUCAUUGAUGAUAUUCUUGUUUUUAGUCCAACUUUUGAGCAACAUUUGUCUGAUUUAGAAUUACUGUUUCAGAAACUUAGAGGUGCAAAUCUUACUCUUAAACCUGAAAAGUGUCACUUUGCUCAAGAAAAAGUAAAAUAUUUAGGUCACAUCCUUUCUAAACAUGGUAUUCAGGUAGAUAGCGAAAAGACUAAGGCUGUGGAUGAAUUUCCAAUUCCAACAAACCAAAGAGCUCUACGGUCAUUUUUAGGUCUUUGCAAUUAUUAUAGGAAAUUUGUUAAAAACUAUUCCAAAAUUGCUGUUCCAUUAAAUGAACUUUUACAAAAAGACAAGAAAUUUAUUUGGGAAAAUAGACAUCAAGAAGCGUUUGAAUCAUUAAAACAUGCAUUAGUUACCGCCCCCAUGAUCCAUUAUCCGGACAUGAACCAUACCUUCAUACUGACCACUGAUGCCUCAGACACCGCUUUGGCUUAUAUACUUGGCCAAAAGGGGUCUGAUGGCAAAGAACGAGUUGUUAGUUACGGGGGAAGGGCUCUUCGUUCGGAUGAGCGAAAAUGGGGCAUAUCUGACAAAGAAUGUUUGGCAGUUUAUGAAGGAAUAUUAGCUUAUAGACAAUAUCUGUCACACAGGAAGUUUGAUAUAUACACGGAUCAUAAAUCAUUAAAAUGGUUGGACAAAACAAAGAAUUCCAAUAGUAGACUUUACAGAUGGUCCAUGGAACUAGCUCAUUUUGACUACAAUAUCAUUCACAGACCUGGAAGAGUCAAUCAGAAUGCGGAUGCCUUGUCUCGACGUGAAUAUACUGUCGAGUCAAGUGUGUCUGUUUCUAGAGUUGAUGCAACUGGAAAGUGGAAUCGAAAUACAGCCAUCGUAGACCAUGAUGUCUCUCAUGUGUCACCAGCUGAUGUUGAGGUUACUAAAGACAAAGGUAAACAUAUGUCGGCACCAAGUAAAAAUAAGGAGUCGACUUUGUUUGCUGCUGUCACAUCGGUGAAUGAUAUUGAAAAGGAACAAACUUUUCCGAAACUAGAAACCAUUCAAGAGGAAUCGGAAAAAGAAGACAUUGAUGUAUUUGAACAGGUAGAAGUAUUCUUUAAUUAUGACAAUUCUCCAUCCAUAAUGAAAAUAAGCGUAUCAAAUGAAAAACAGAUAACGGAGAUUGAAACAGGUAAGCUAGAAGAAACUUUCAAUGAACAAGACUCAGACUCUGGUAAUAACAACGAAAAGUUAAGAAAUUCCAAUUCAGACAAAGAACUUGAAAAUGAAAAACAAUUAUGGGAGACGCAUGAAAUUAGUAAGUAUCAAAAAGAAUGUGAGGAUUUCAAACAUAUUUAUAAUUACCUAGAAAAUGGUGAACUUCCAAAGAAGGAGAAUCUAGCCAGGAAGACAAUACUUGAAAGUGACAACUACCAGUUAUUAGAUAAACACGGCAAAAUAAUUGGAAAAUGUCCAGGCUCGUUUGAUUGA